GGAAUUAUAUUUAAACAACUUAAAAGCAUUUAAAUUAUUAUUAUGCGUAUUUUUAUUGCAACUAUUAAUUUAUAAUGCAUCAUCAAGCUUGUCACAUAAAACUUCACAGUCAUAGUGGCGCUGUAUGGCUGAUAUAUCAAUUUCAUUUUCAGAUUUUAUGUAAAUAUCCAAAUUUUCACACUCUAUAAGUUUUCUUUAACCUGAUGAAACAUUUUAUGUUAUACGUGACUUGUGUCACAUGAAAAUACUCAAGAAAACAUAGGAGCAAGGAAUAUAAAACAUUGUAAUAUUAUAUUAGUUAUUUUAAACCCAUCUAAGAAGUCAGCUAAUAUUACGUCCUUCAAACUACUUGAGUCCCCCAAGUGAAUUUCUGCCAUUUCCAGCCCUCCUCACAAUAUACACUGUUAUAAAACACAAGAGCACACAAACAACUGAUGUAUUCAAACAUGUAUUGUUCACUGUAAAAUGACAGCAAAUAUCAGUAAAUGUUUCAGAAAUGAGCACGUGAAUGCAAUGAAAUAUAUGAGUAUUAAUAGGCACCUCUGUUUUAUAUUCAGCUCUUUCUUGUUGUUCCAACUCUCUUAUUUGGAUGUCUAUGGUGUCAGAUUCUUAAUCGGUCAAAUAGUUUCCUGAUGAUAAAAUCUUGAAUGUGAUCUUCCAGGAAAUGUUCAAGUCAGAAGACAACAUAUCACUUAACAGUUGUUACUUUAACCAAAUUCAUGUAUUUGUAAAUAAAUAUGUUACUUGAUAUAGUGGAUAAUAAGCUAAACAGAAAGGCUUUAUCACAUGAUGUCAUAAUCAUUCGAGCGCGCGCGCGCGUGUUUGUGUGUGUGUUUUCUUAUGCGCGUGUUUUUGAUGUUGAGCCGUGCAGCUGUGACAGAGAUCUCCAGUGUCAUAAGCAUCUUUCACACAUGCCAAGAAUGGAAAGGCGUGUUUUUUAUGAACUUUGAUCUUUCUUCACAUGGAGCCCAAAUCCACAAAUAGAAGCUCUAAACUUUAUUGGAUGAAGGGCAUUUCCUUAUUCAUUUCUUUGCCGUUGAGCUCAAUUUCUAUAUAUAUUUAUCAGUAAUGUGACGUAUGCUUUCACGUUAACUUAUAAUUUAAUACAUUCAUCAUCAAUGUGAUUUAUUUUAUAAUUUACAAAAUGCAACUUUUUAAGAUUAAACACUUUAUCCAAAAUAAUCCAUUCUGCUACUGUUCAUUAAUGUUGACUGAAUUUUAACACAUCUUUUUCCUUACAGCUACUGUUGUUGAUUUUAUUAUGUUUUUGUUUAAAUAUAGAUGUGUCUUUUCUAUUGCGUACAGUAGCCUUGCCCAUUGCCGGGUGAAGUUCCGCAACAAAUGUACCAUUUAGGUAAGUAUAUAUAAAAUUAAACAGAAUUGUUUUAAAAAUAGGUUGGUGCAUAUAGUUUAAACAAUAUAAAGUAAGCGAAUAAAAUCUAUUAAUUUAGCUUCGCAAUGUAAAACCAAGUAAAGUCGAAAAUAUGGGCGCCGCAUGACGUCAUUUUCGUUAAGGUCCGCGGCCGUCCGCGCUCACCGUCCGCGUGCUGCCCGCGCGGACAGUCCGCGUACGACAGCGCAUGCGCGUGAAAAUGUUGAGACAGGACACUACACUUUAAACAAAUACACAAAGGCAAUCAACAGCAUUUGCACACACACCAUCGUCUUUUCUUCAUUUAUUUGACCUCUUCCAAGAACAGAAAGCUGUGGAGCAUUUUUGUCACCACAAUGUUUGUUUCUGUUUUUGUUUUCUUGUUGCUCUAAACUUUGUUUGCAGUGGUGGAUCCACUACUUUUCUUAAUUUCUCCUAUUUUUAAUGUACAUGUACUGUAAAUGUUGCAAAGGGGGCGUGCACCCUUUUAUACACCCUCACCCUCACUUAUGAAAUUUUACCAUGGUUUUACUACAGUUAAAACAAAAAACAAAAACAUUACUGUAGUUAAACCAUGUUAACCACAAAAUAACAGAACCAUAGUUAAACCGGUUAGUGUUUUGCUGAUAGUAAUCAAUACAUGGUUACUACACUUUUACCACAAUAAAACCAUGGUUAAUUUUCAUAAGGGAUGUAUGUUUUAAAUUGUUUUCAAUGGAAGCUCGGCGUUUUUCAAAUAAGCUAGCAGCUAUCGUUUCUUUCGAGCUGUAAACGGCGCUCAGCGAUUUUUCCGCGCUCGGCGCAGAGCGCAAGAGAUUCAACUUUGUGUAAAACUUCUGCGUUCCAGGCAGGUUUUUGAGCACGUGAAUUACGACUUCAAAACCACGACUUAGGAUUCUGAACUGGGAGUAUGCGUUCCAGGCAGCCUGUAACCGUGUUUUUACAACCUUCUACCUGUGAAAGUGCACUGGAACGGCAGUCAAACCCGUGACUUCCCACCCGUGAACUCGUACUAGAUCGAUGUACUCCCAGUUCAGAGUCGUGAGUCGUGGUUUUGAAGUCGUGAUUUACGGGUUACAGGUUGCCUGGAACGCAGCAAAAGCUCCGCUCGUCAAAGUCAGUUCUCAAACGGCUGUCCAAUCACAGUGGAAGAGGGGCGGGACAUUGCCAUAGCAACCAACUGGCUCACAGCUGAAGUAUCACAGCUACCAAAGCGCUCAGCUGAGAAAAAAAAACAGCUGGCAUUUGGCGUCCUCCAGGCGUGUUCAGUAAAAGUUUUGGUGUGCACACCCCAGACAUCACGGACUGAUGGGCGCGCCUGCAGGGUGGUUCGAGUAUCUCGAGAAGUGAGACUGUGAGCCGGAAGUUGACACCGAACCAAAUGCUGCCGAAUAAAAUGAAAGUAGAACUUAGUAGAAACCAGAGGAAAGAUUCAGAGGGUUUACUAGAAGCUCAGAUCUGGAGUUUGAAUAUCCAUGCUGAUAAAUGGACCUCUGAAUUCUCAGAACUUUCGAGGAGCCCAAGAAGGUGGAUCAGAGGCGGCGUCGCCUUCAUGGUGAAUGAGGGCUUGUGUAAAAGCGGAAACAUUAACGUGCUGCGGUGCUUCUGCUCUCCUGGAAUGAUGGAAUUCCUGGCAAUAAAAUGCCGGCCUCACUACAGUAUCUUCCACGCGAACCAUCUACCAUCUGUGAUAAUCGUAGCAGUGUACAUUCCACCACAGGUGAGUACAAAAACAGCUCUCACGGUGCUCCAUGAUGAAUUGAGCAGCUAUCAGGUGAGCGAUCCCCAAGCCGCGCUAGUGGUUGCGGGUGAUUUCAACAAAGUAAAUCUAAAGAAAGUGAUGCAAUACUUUAAUCCACAUAUUGACUGUCCGACCAAUCAAAAAUACUGGAUCAUUGUUAUACUCCGUUUAAGAGUGGAUACCAAGCCCUGUCUCUUGCUCCUGUGGGGAAAAGUGAUCAUGCUGCUAUCUUUCUCUGGCCAUCAUAUGUCAAUAAAUUAUGAAGGAAACCCCAGAUGAUGAGAGAGGUGCUUCGGUGGACAGACCAAUCAGAGGACAGCAUGCAAGUGGCACUACAUGAAUCACUUUGGGUUGCAUUCAAAAAUUGCACUGUCGAUAUUAAUACCAACAUUGAUGUGUUUACUGAAAAUGUCAUCGGUGUCAUUUCCACAAUUACAGAAUAGAUAUGCAUGUACUUAAAAGGACUGUUAAAAUAUAUGAAUAUCAGAAACCAUGAUAAAUAAAAAUACUCAAAACGCCCUGAAACAACGUACGGCUGCAUAUAAAUUAGGACUGGAGACUGGCAAUAUACAAAGCAGCAGCAUACAAUAUCAAAAAAGCAGUAAAGGAUGCCAAGAGGGAAUAUGGAGAGAAGGUGGAGUUCAAAUUUCAGCAAGGAGACCUUAAAGGCGUGUGGCAGGGGCUAAAAACCAUGAGUGACUACAAAUCCCCC